AUGGCGCAGUUACAUUAUGUCAACGGUUUGCGAGCUGCACAGAGAGAAAGAAACCGAGAGCAAAUAAAGUUCAACAGGAAACCAGCGAGCUCACAGACGGACGCUCCCCACCCCCCCCACCAGCUGGGAUCAGACCCGGCCCAGCGCACCGCCGCUCCGCCCUCCGACGGCUCCCGGCGAGGGCCACGCUUCUCCCAAGCGCCCGCCGCCAUGGAGCUGGAGCAGGUGCCGCUGCUCUUCUCCCGCCUGCCCAUGUUCCCCUUCUUCGACCUGGCGCACUACAUGGCCUCCGUCAUGGCGCUGAAGGAGCAGCGGGGAGCUGUGGAAGUGUCAAUCCGCAGUCCGGUUGCUUGCUGGUUUAGUGCUAUGCUUUGCUGCUUUGGUGGAUCUGUUUUGUCUUCCUUGAUGCUUGGAGAACCUCCAGUAGCAUUUUUGGCAAAGACCACAAACAUUCUACUGGCAUCUUCAGUCUGGUAUCUUGUGUUUUAUUGCCCACAAGACAAAUUCUACCAGUGCUUUGCGUUUCUGCCUCUUCGGCUUCUGGUUGCAGCAAUGAAAGAAGUGACUAGGACUUGGAAAAUAGUGGCUGGCGUUGCGCAUGCAGACAGUCAUUUUGAAGAUGCCUGGCUUGUCAUGAUAGCUGUGGGCUGGGCCAGAGGAGCUGGUAGUGGUCUAAUCUCCAACUUCGAGCAGUUGGUGAGAGGAGUGUGGAAACCUGAAACCAAUGAACUGCUGAAGAUGUCCUAUCCUGUGAAGGUAACUUUGAUAGGAGCAGUUCUCUUCACUCUGCAGCACAGCCAGUACUUGCCAAUCGCAAGACACAACCUUAUGUUUCUAUACACCAUCUUUCUUGUAGUUUCCAAGGUAACAAUGAUGUUGACAAGAUCUACAGCUUCUCCAUUUGCUCCCAUUGAGUCAGCAUUGAGCCAUAUGUUCUUUGGCUUGCAAAAACCACCACCCAAAGUGAAGGGUGAAGGUGCUUCAUCUUCCAAUGGCUCUUCAGUCUGUGACCAGUCGUCCUCAGAGCAGCCCCGUGAUGGUGUUAAGAAGAGACAGGCAAAGAAAACAGAAUAAGUAGCUUACAAUACAUGACAACCUGUGAAAAUGUUUAUAUUUUAGAUGAGGCUGAUUGAAUUUUUUUUUUUUUUUUAAUGUACAUGAGAUGAGAUUAAGGCUGUAUGAUAUGUUGUUGUUUGCCUUCAGAAUCUGUAUGGUAUGCUUUUGGAAUGUAUUCAGAUGUCUAGGUGCAUACGUUGGAUUUCUAAGUCUAAAAGUUCACAUUUUUAUAGUGCUUUUAAGUUCGGUAAUUUUUGUAUUUAUUAAUAGCUUUAAAUUCUUAGAUGCUAAAAUAACUUUCAAAACGUGACAGUUACUUUUUUUUUUCUUCGUAUCACAUGAUUCACCUCUCUUUUUACUUCUUGAUUCUCACGUUUUGUUUGGAUACCCAGACUUGUGCUGCCAAGUGUUCACAGCACAGUGUCCCAAGUAGGAAAGCCUGAUUAAGGCUUAAUCACGUUGCACUGUAAAACUAUGAAAAAGUACCACAUAAUGCCUUUAAUAACAAAAAUAAUGGAAUUCUGUUUUAAUUCCCACUACUCUAGUUUAGACUUCCGUCAUUUACUUAAGUCAGUAUUUUUUGCACUGUUUGUAUUUUUCAAAAUAAAAAUUAUCUGGCACUUUUAAAAAUCUUUACAGUUAGGAAUUAGAAGCAUUUCAGUAUUGUGAGCUUACUUUGUUUUUUGUAAAUUUUUGAAUAUUUAGCUAUCUUUUGUGCAACGUGUGAUUAUUUUUUUUUUAUGCUGUUUCUGGCGUCUUUCAAUUUGGGAUGAGACAUCUCUUUGCCUGCACUUUUAUCUAGGCACAAGUUUAUCUUUUCAAAGUUAAACAUUCAAACUUUUUCUUUUUAAAAGAAAGAACACUGGACAGUACGUAUGCCUUGUUUAUCACAAGUUAUGCCCUGUUAUACAUGCUGUUAAUACACACAAAUACUAUUUUCUAGCAGUUACCUCUGGUGCUAUUGAGUUACUGCCAAAAGCACUGAAAGUAUAUUAAUGUUUGUUGCUAUUUGCUGCAUCCUGCUCAUGGCAUCUUUUUGCAGACAGUAUGGAGCAGUUUUUUACUUCAGAACCAAGGUCUCACAGAUCUUGCAUUUUGUAAGAUUCUAAUAUUUUCACAGAAGUUUUCAAUUUGAUGUGCCAUUUUUAGUACACAUUAAACAACUUUUACAGAAUGAGAUUCUUUGUCUUUGGAGAGUGCUGAUUUGAAGAGAACUUUUGAAUAAAAGGACAGUGGUUAAUCUUUGUGCAGGAAUGCCAAGGAGAAUGUGGAGGAAGAUGUGAUUUGAAAAGGCAAAGUUCUAGUUCCAGGUACACAUCUAAAUUUAGAAAAAGCCAUCGCCAGUGCUAUACUUAAAAAAGAAUCCAUGAAAUUUCUUACACCUGUCAAGCUACAUCUCCAUGGUAGUGACCAAAGACACCGACCUCCUUAGUCUGGAAUUCAACUGUAUAGCAAAUGUAUGCUACCUCAAAAACAAAGUCAGGUAUUCAACACAGAAUAAAAAAGAAUCCUGCUCUGCGGACAAAGUAGUAAUGAUGUUCUUACUGUUUUACAGUGAAAAUCUAUCCAGUUGAAAACACUUGGAGUCAUGCUUGCAGGGUGUCUUAGGUUUUUGGUGUUAGGACUCAUGGAUAUACAAGUAAGCUUGGAGCAGCCAACUUUCUGCUUAAUAAUCAACUAGUUUAUUUAGUAAUAUCAGCAAAAGUUGUUGUCUACAGUUAUUAAGACUUCUGGAUGAAUUCUUUAAUCUAAUUGAAUUGUGAUAAGAAAUUACACAGCUGUGAAGUGCUGCCUGAUAACUAGCUACUGUUAUCCCAAACAAAUGUGAAAAUACACUUAGACUAAUUCUCUUAGCAAGUUUGCAAUUCGAACAAAAAUAUGUGGCUUUGUAUUCUCUCUGUACUUAACUACAAUACUACGAAAAUAGGUUUUCUUCUGUUUUACUGAAUAUUUCAAGGCAGAUAUGAAACAUAAUGUAUUGUGUAUUAUUAGGAGAAGGAACAUAUGUUAUGCUGAAGGAAAUUCUGUGAUAAGCGCCUGGAAAACAAACCUUCAUGUUUAAAGAUCUCAGAGGCUUUUCUGUAGAAUGGGUGUUCAAAAGAACUCUGCAUUGAGUUACAUGCAAGCACUAUGGGGGAUUAUUAAGCUAUUUUCUAGUCUAAUAAUUGUUUUGUUUUUGUUGUUUUUUUAAUAUAAAAAGAUAAGUAGUUGCACAUAGUUUAAGCUGAAUUCCAUGGGAGGUUUUAAUACUGUGUAUCCAGGAUGCCUUAAAUAAACACUUAACUAUUUUCUGA